AUGGCAAUUUACGCCUGUAGACCUUGUCAGAUCUCCCACAGCAGCUGCGAUAAUUACCGGCCAUGCCACAACUGCUCCCGGAAAGAUAUAGAAGAGAGCUGCAUAACCGUUGAACAUAGAAGAAGAGGCCGGCCAGGCAAGCAUGACAAGAUGCAAUCCACUCCGCUUUUCUCCCACAGGCCAUUCCCAGAAGGGGAAGCGGGUGUUGAAAUGGGUGCAACUGCAGGUGCGGAGGCAAAAGCAAAUGCCGAAGCGGAAGCAGAAGCAGAAGCAAGAUCAAGAUCAAGAGCAAGAGCAAAAGCAUCAUCAUCAUCAGGACCACCAGGACCACCGGCAGCACCGCAUAAUAUUAACAACGUUACAGAGUCUCCACUUCUAGUACAAUCAGUACAGCCUCCGCACAACCAACACAACACCAUUCGCAUGGUCGUCACACCAGACCUCUCCACGACAAUGGACAUAACACAAAACGCUUACAACGCUUUCUUCGCCUGCCCAUCCACACGAUUGCCCAGCUUGCAGGACAUUACCUCCGUCUUCCACACUCCGCGGCUGGCGAACCUGCAGGCCAAGCUUGCACUCGAUGACGCGCUGCCUGUGGAGAAAAUCAACGUGGUUGAUAUACAUGGCCAGUAUUUCGCUAGUACUCUCUCAAUUAGGUGGCUGGAAAAGGGUAGGAGUGUGUUGGCAGAGCUGUAUGUGUCUCAUCAGGUGAACGCUGUACCAACUUUGCCGUCUCCACUGCCGCCUAUGAUGGGGAAAGAGGGGAGUGGGAGUGGUAGCAAUAUUACUGGUAGUGGAAGUGGUAUCAGCAAUAGCAAAAGCUCCGUCUUGUCCACUUCUAAUACUUCUCAGUCUGACCUCUACCUGUCUCGCUCUCAUUCUCAAUCGAGUACUCUUUCUAAUGCACCUACUAGACCCGCUCAUCCUCAGCGCAUACGCACAUCUAUCAACGCUCUCUGUGACUUAUGA